UGAAUUUCUGUCGAUAAGAUAUCAAAGAUUUUUCUAUUUUGUUUUUUUUUUAUCAAAAGAUUCGUCAUUGACUGGCAACUGCGAAAGUUAUCAUCGCCAUUAACGUAGAAGCAUCUAAAGUCGGAAGACACAAAUCGACAAUGUCACCACCAUCCCAAGUAAAGCGGAAUACAAAGCAACACAAAUUUAUUGUGGCCGUAACGGUUGUCUCGUUUUGUGCCACAGCUCUAACCAUAUUCUCAUUCGCCAGUGAUCAUUGGUUAGAAGCUACAGCAGUACUGACAGAACGUUUACAGAGCCAUGUCAACUAUGGCCUGUUUAAAGGUUCCAUCGAAAGGCAACAACUGGCAUCCACAUUAAAAUUCCCAUUGACAGUCGUCUGUGAUUUCGAUCUCAACCUCUGCAUGUACAGCUGCCAGCAGGAUUUAGAGCGAAGAAAAGUCGAGCUAAAACGUGUCAUCAAUGGCGAAGACCUGGAUCCAUGCGAACAAAGUAAAGACUACAAACGAAAGAAACUAAGCCGCAACCCCCAGGCGAAGAAUUUCACCAAAGCAUUAGCCCUAUAUAAAUCGCCAACCCGUGCUCCUUGUAUGCCCUCAUCCAUUCAUCUCUGCUGUAUAUUGUUUCUGAGUUUACAACUCACCUUCUCGCUUAUGGCCUUCGUCUGUUCCGGCAUCAAUAUGAAAUGGCAUCCUGUCGAACGAAUAUUCAACAUCUUUGGGCUUUUCAUUUGGAAUGCCAUCGCAGCUGGAUGUUGUUUUUGGUGUUUGGCCCUAUGGGCUGCCAUGUUUGGCAGCCAUUUGCGUUACAACAUUGCCGUUACUGACACCUUACGUCAACAGCUCAAUUUCACAUCUGAAGGAUAUGCCAGCUUAGGUGGUGCCUAUUAUUCGGUGGUUGUUGUCAUGAUCUUGCACAUCAUUAAUCUUGCUUUGCUAUUUGCGAGGCAGCGAUAUUUUAUGGAUGGACAACCACAUAACGCGGUAGCGAAUAACAUCAAUAUUGACGAUGCCGAACCUAGAUUAGAAUUCUAUUGAUUUUCUGUAUAUUAUAUAUUUGAAAUAUAAGGCAAAGUUUGUUAUUAUGUGUAUAUAGUACAGGGUGAG